AUGUGCGUAUGGUAUGCAUCUGUAAGUCAUAUUGCAUCUGAAUGGUCCCACACUUCAACAUCAAUCACAACCGAGCAAAAAUUCCAGCAAUUACCCGUCAAGCAUAAUCCUCUAAAGGCUGCUUCUUUUCCACGCCCUCCAGAGACGAUCGCUGAAAUUCUGUCUCCGACAACUCAUCGCUCUGCCCAAUCCUUGAAUAAAACAUCGUCUCGUUCUUCAUCAAAAUCGUUACGUAACUCGAUUCUCACACCAAUGCCUCCAUUACUUCAACGUGUUAAAUCAAAACCCAAAACAAGUGACUCAACGCCUAUCACUCUAUCAGCUACCACAAAAUCCCUGGUCACCCGUCUGCGUGAUCAACUUCGUUAUUAUGCGGAAGUUGAAAUAUGCGGUCGUCGUUUUCUAGUCACGAAAAAUGAUCAGGUAAUCACCAAUCGAUUACGUGAUGUAAAAGUUGGCGAUGAGAUUAAAUUGAACCGAGUUAUUGAAUUGGGGUCCAAAGAUUUCACCAUAAAAGGAAAUCCAUACGUCGCGGAACAAUUUUAUAGCAUCAAGGCCACAGUGUUGGAACAACCAUUGGGACCAUUCGUUGUCAAGCUAAAAAAGAAACCGCAUAAUAGACAUGUUAAGCAUGUCACGCACAAACAACCUUAUACAGUAUUAAGAAUUUCAGAGGUGGAAGUUAAUAAAUUAAUGUGA